AUGCUGCGAGCAUGUGACCCUGGCCGUGGCCCUCACCCACAGCUCUGCGCGCUUAGCACAGCAGACAUCGCCCGAGCCUUCUCUGCCGACCAGGGGGAGCUCUCGGUCCGUGAUUGCCGGGAUCAUUUGUUCUUCUCUGUCGUGGACCCGAGACCAGAGGACAAAUUUCAGAUGCAGGCCUCAGCCGCAGCGAGUCGGCCCAGGACACAGUUGAGCGUUGACAUGCUGCCGUGGACCGAGUGGGCCUCUGACAAUUCCAUGUGUGCUUCCACUCGCACCGCUCGCGCUGAACCGAAGACAUUGGACGCGGCUGCGUUCUGCACUCCCGAUUCCUUCGUGGACGUGGCGAACCAAUGUUUGGUGUGGCAGUGUCUGCCAGUGGGUCUGCAUGUGGAGCUUCCUGCUCUGGAAGCUGCAGUAACAGAUGCCCCGCUUCCACUUCCCUUCUUCGUGGACGACGAGGACAUGUUGCAGGAUCUGCUGAAUGCGGAGCCCUCUUCAUCCUCCAGGCAGAGGAAUACAGACGAGGAUGCCAUUGUGCCUCGGGCUGAGGCGCAGGUGUCGGUGUCCUGCGCAAAGCCAUUGAACAGAGAUGAAAAGGCUCUUCUGGCAGCUUUGCUGGAGCAAGGGGCCGUGGGAGACCACGGCUGUGAUGCAUUGUCGCUGCACACAUACAAUGCCCAGGCUGCAGGGGCCCUGCGUGAAGCCGGUUACGUGAGCACGUGGGAGGGUGAUUUUGGGGAACUGGUGCUUGCGGUGACUGAGACGGGGCGUGUCUCGCCACAAUUGGAUCUGAGUAGCCCCUUGCGUUUGCGAGACAUGCCCAGCGAAGGCCACUCUGGGUUCCGAACAGGCCAGUGCAAGCUGGAAUGGCUGCGACUGCUGCUGCAACACCAGUGGCAGUAUGACGAGCAGUGUCCAGAGUGGCAUGACAAAGACGCAGCUCUGCUGCUGCCCCAGAAUGCCUUGAGCCGGCCAGAGGCAUAUCUAAAAUGCAUGCUGUGCCUCAGUGUGGUCUGGAACAAGCCAGGAGCACCUGCAAGGAUUCUACAUCAGGCCCCCGAGCUUUACUACAAGUACUUGCUGCACGAGCCCGACCUCAGUUUUUUGCAAGAGUGGGGCAAAGCAGACAUCAUGGGCUGUAGCACAAAUCGCCGACAGGGCCGGCAGCCGAAGAAGCGUGCAAAGGCAGGUGUCGGGGCCCUGACAGCUGCGGCUGCCUUGGCAGAUAAGGAAGACUCGGACAGUGAUGAUGCCGGCCCGUUGCGAGGCCGCAGAGGGCUUCGGGAGGAGGCAGCGCUGCCUCUCCCGGACCGGCUGGUGCCCCCGCCGGUGCGUAGCCAGGUGCCUGGCGUGGACGUGACAAUCUACUUUGACAACUAUACGCACUCCAGUGGCAAUCUUCGUGCGUUCGUGGAGUGCAAGCGGCAUAAGAAGUGCCGCUUGUACGUGUUCGUGAAUAAGCACGAAAGUAGAUCGCAUGCUGUCGCGUAUUUGUUGGCGUGGCACCAGCUUGGAAGUCGUUUCGCUUCCGCUGCAACUCACAUCGCUGAGAAGCCAAGCGGUGUUGAGGUCCACGCGCAUCACUGGGCGCAGCUCCGCAACAUUUCGGCCCGUGCUGUGCUUGCCUCCGUGCGUCGCCCGGGACGCGGCUUGCCGCCUUCCCACGACAACCAGCAUAGCGGCCGCGGAACUACCCGCUUGCCCCGGCUGGUCCUCGCCUGCCGCGCUCGCCCUUGUGCAGCGCUUGCCGCGAGAAAUCGCCUUCCGAGAUCCGAGAUGCCCGCGCCCAAGGCCGUGCCAGCACCGGCAACCCCGCCGGGAACCCAGCUGCUGGCCGAGGAUGCGACCGGGGCAGCACCAGCAACCCCGCUGCCAGAGGCGCCGCAGGUGCCAGAGACAGAGCUGCUGGCCGAGCUGCCAAACGCAGCGGCUCCGGCCGAAAAGUGCUUCUUCCCGAGGAAUCAUCCUCCAGUGGAGCUCGUCACAGAAGACGCGGCCCAGGCCAUGGCAGCCGAGGAGAGGGCGCGAAAUCUCAAGAAGACGCUGGCCGAGAAGAAAAAGGAGGCAGAGCACCGGGGCGAAGACGGCCAGGACGAGACCGACACCAAGGACGACCAGGCCCAGGGCUCCGAAGGUCACAAGCAGCGGCCUGCCCACCCUGCGGUUCCACCAAAGGGGCCGCUGCCGAAGCCAAGGGCGCAGAACAACACGAACACGGGGCAGGACCCGAAGGAGCCCCAGGACUUUGUGGAAUGCAAGUUCUGCUGGAAAAAGGUGUCGCGGUGGGGCUUGGAAAACCACCAAGCUUCCAGCAACCAUUGCAAAUGGUACCAGGACCGUGCCGGGGCCAAGCCGGAGCCGCAGCGGCGCAGCCAGUACACGUGCGACGUCUGCGAGAAGGAUUUAGGCGACGAGCGGGCGCUGCAUCAGCACAAGAAGAGCGUGCACGGCAUCGCCUAUGAUCAUCGGAAGCGCAGCAGCCAGCCCAGCAACCUGCGCCUGCAAUCAGUUGCUGGAAGCCGCCGCCGACGCCGCUUGGACUCCCGAAGCUCCUCCAAGCCUCGCUCGAGCAAGUCGGCUCGGGGACACCGGGGAAAGUCCGAGGCCCCAGAGAAGUCGAUGUCUUCCAAGCAGCUGGCGGCAUCUUUCAUGGACAAGGCAUUCACCUUGAUCCAGGAGGCUCGGAAGAAGAGCCGCAGCCACUCGCGAGGGCGCUCCGGAGACCGCCGACGCCGCUGA